AAAUUUUCCGACGUUGCACUGAUAUUUGUUAUAAAUGCAGGCUUGUGACGCAACCGCUAGAAUAAAUGAUGCUCAAAAGUUGACUCAACCAAACUCAGAAAAGCGCAAAGCUAUACUCGAUUGCUUGCCCACCAUGUUCGACACAAUCCACUUGAUCUGUCAAUCUACUGACUGUUCUUUGAUCACAAAGCAGCAGCUCGUGCACAAAAUAAUUUCAAAUAAUUUGGAUAUUGAAGAGACGAGUGAAGUCGAAGAGCUGUUGGGGUUGUUGGAAGAGUUGGUUCCAGGGUGGAUGUGUAAGAAGAGCACUUGUAAUGGGGAGUUCCUUUACUGUAUCAAACGUUUACCUGAUCCAGAUUCUGUUCGUACCAGACUUUCAGAAGCUGUGUGAAAAAAAAUAUAUAUACAGAACUAUGCGGGUAAUUCGUUUCAUUCCUGUUUCUAUUUGGUCAAGAAAAUCUAGAAGAGACUUCACUGCUCGGCAUACAAAUUUUCUUAGUUCAUGUCUGCCGCUGCAUAUUGCAAGCAUAUUUUUCUUUCAAAAGACUUGGGAUUUAUUUGAUUUGCCUUCGAGUCAUUUGACAAACUAAACUUUAGUUCCAAAGAAUGGAAUAUUUACAAUUUACCCCCUCUAAACAUUGAAUUAUUUUAUGGUGAAGCUGCUUCUGCUUGCCUUGAUUUGAUGACAUUAUAAUCAAGGGUGGUGCAGCGACCAAGUUGCCUCUAUUGUGACUUUGAAGUACCAGUUUAGAGCCACAGAAAUAUUAUCGCUGUAAUGCAAGAGCAGGACUACGUACAUGAACUCAUAAAUCAUUUUUGUGACAUGAUUAAACGAAAGGUAUUUUCAGCUUCUCAUAAUUUUUCUCCAUUGUAAGCACUGAUUGCUGCAAAUAAU